GUGGUACUCCUGGCACGGUAGAAGGACUCCAUUAUCAAUAUCAACAUCCUUCAAUCAUUUCAGUCAAUUCAAGACUCAAAUUGGACGCCAAAAUCUUCCUCUGCGUCUCUCAAUGCAUCUCCAUACCCAGUCUCUGACCUCAUAUUUUCCUCUUUCUCAAUUCACUCUCCCAAAACCCAUUGCCAAAGUCCAAUUUGCUCCUCCUAAGCAAAACCCAUUUCGCCGAUUCUCCUUAAAAUGCUCACUUUCCACUGUUUCAGAGCCUGCCCAUCUGGGAUCCUCCAUCGACAAGCCGUUUCCUGCCGAAGUUUCAAGAACCAUCAUGGAGUUGUCUUCAGUUGGCACUCUCUCUACUUUGACCAGCGAGAGUUGGCCUCUGGGUGUUGGUGUUCGGUUCGCCGUGGACGAUGAUGGGACGCCGGUUUUGUGUUUGAGUGAUCGCAACGGUCAGUUCUCCGUUGACAAGAGGUCUAGCCUUCAUGUUCAGUUGGAGCAGUGUGGAAUGCGGACUCCACAGUGCACAAUUCAAGGCAGCCUACAGAAGCCAGAGGACAGGAAGGUUUUGAAGUGGCAUCAAUCAAUAUGGAAAAAGAGAUUUGGAGAAGAAGUGGAUGAUGAGCUAAUGUAUCUGAUUGCUGUGGAGCGGGUACUUCAAAUGGAAGACUUCAUGGAGGAUGGCGUAUGGGUCUCUUCAUCAGAUUAUGGCAAGGGAAUCCCUGAUCCACUCAGAGCGUCUGCAGAAGCAAUUGUUAAUGAGAUAAAUGACAAGAACACUGAAGAUGUUUACCGCUUUUGCAAUGUAUACGUUGAUUUGGAUUUCCAGGUAUCAGAAGCAAAGAUGAUAUGGGUUGAUAGGCUUGGUUUCGACAUUCGUCUCCACUGUCCUGAGAGAGGUGUUUACGAUGUUCGAAUACCUUUCCCAAGAGAAGUGACGGAUGUAAAAGGUGCCAAGUCGUCAUUCAACGGCAUGUCGCAGCUUGCAUGGGAGGUGGAAAGAAAUUAUCGUAUGCCUGAUUUUAAGAAGGUGAAGCAAUUGAAGCGGAUAACAUAUAGGGGAUUGUAAAAUCUUGAGAAAUUUUUGUUAAUUUCAAUUUCAUUUAGUUUCCUUUUUUUUUUUUUUUAUUGAUUUGCAUAUGCUACUGAGCAAAGAUUUGGUUGAAAGGUUCAUGUUUGCAAUUUAAAAAUUGUGUAAUUCUAUGUGCUACAUGUUAUUGAAUUAGCUGCAAGUGCUAGUCUCAACACCA